AUGUUUCUAAAGAGUUUGAUUCUUCUGCUUGCAGUUGCCCUCCUUUCUGCAGGACGAGUUCCUCCAGUGGAAGAAAGGAUAGUUUGCGGCUUUCCUCAGGACAUCGAAGCAGCUCCCUGGCAAGUGUAUGUGAAUAUCCAGAAACCAAAUGGCGAUAGAGGUGGAUGCGGUGGAGUCAUCUAUGCAGAAAAUAUAAUUUUAACAGCUGCCCACUGUGUUGAUGACCAUGAAGCGACUGACAUUUCAGUAUACUAUGGAUCAUCGAUAAAGCUAGAAGGUGAUGUCGCAAAUGUAUCUGAUGUUUUAGUUCAUGGAGAGUACUAUCCGGAGGGGACCAACGGAAAUUUUGCAAAUGAUAUAGCUGUGCUCAUAUUGCGUACAAAAAUCCCCCUGGGAAGAAGUGCCUAUCCCAUCGAGAUAGCGGAUGAAACCCCUCAACCAGGCAGAUGGGCAUUAGUCACCGGUUGGGGAUCAUCAAUAGAUGAUGGCUCACCUGGUGUCUCAGAAUUACAGGGAGCCUACGUUCUGAUUGAAGACCAUCAGAAUUGCGAGAUAGCCCAUAGUGCUAGCCAACCGUCGUGUUCCAAUCAUAAUGCAACUAUUACCGAUGAUAUGAUAUGUUCCAAAGGCAUCAAUACAGGACCUUGCCGCGGGGACUCUGGUGGGCCUUUGGUCAGUAUUCCCGAUAACAAGCUUGUUGGAAUUGUCUCAUGGACCCCUUACUGUGGUCAUCCAUAUUUUCCUGAUGUCUACGCUAAUGUUGUCGUGCUCGAGAAUUGGAUCUUGACCGCAGUACAAUUUUCUACCAUAACACAAGAUUAA